AUGAAGUACGGCACCUUCCUCUUCUUCGCCGCCAUGACAUAUAUCGGUGCGAUUUUUGUCUUCUUCUGCCUUCCAGAGCUCAAGGGCCGCAGCAUUGAAUCCAUGGACGAUUUGCUCGCGCACUCCCUAUGGACGAUGUUCAAGCGCGCAUACCCUACUGAAGACGAAAAAAUCAGGCAUGAUGUCCAAGAGAAGCUGCACCAAGAGUAUAAAGGACAGUGGAAGACGAUCCUGAACGACAACACGGGCAUGUGUGGUUAG